AUGGCUUUAGGGUUUGAGGGUUAUAGUUAUACAACAGCCCUUGGAAGGAAGAGGGUUGUUUUAUUACAUAAUAAGGAAGGUUCUUCUCCCUUGAAGAGAAUGUGCAGCGAGAAAAUUACUAUCGAUUCUGAAAGGUCUCCCCUUGAGGCCCUUCCUUUUGAUAUUCUGCUAAAGGUGUUAUGUGGUGUUGAUCAUGAGGAUUUGGAGCAACUUGUUCGUGUCUCAAAAACUAUUAGAGAAGCAACUGUUAUUGCUAAGAAGACGAAUUUUGAGUACAAGACUCCAAAGAAGAAAACUUUUGCUAUUCCUAGACCGUUUGGUUUAGAGGGUGGUAGUGAGUUUGAGGAAAUUGAAGCUCCUAGUGCUCCAUUGAGGAAACCAAAGUCAAAGCUGAUUGGUAAGAAUCUGGGUAGCAUCACGAUGGCAUUGUUUGCUUCCCCUGAGGAAUAA